GUGUGUGUGCACUGUAUAAAUGAAAUUUAAAGUCUGCUUAAUGAUGAGAAGAAUUAUCUCCCCUGACUUAAAGUAUUUAAAUUAUGUGACCAUGUACAUUCGUUCCCAAAAGAAAUGUUUUAUUUAUAAGGCCUAAUAAGAAUCAUGGCCAGUAAUUGGAGUAUUUGUGGUGUUUGUGAUAAUCGUCAACUAACCAAAUCAUCAUUAGUCUGGUGUUCUGAAUGUGAUGAAGGACUAUGCGGAGAUUGUAAGGAACAUCACAGUAUUUCCAAGGGAACAAAAGACCACGAAACCGUUUCCAUUGCCGAAUACAAGAAGUUACCGACCGAAGUCCUGCAUAAUGCAACGGUUUGCAAAAUACAUAAUGAGAAAUACGAGCUUUUCUGUAGCAGACACGAUUGUCUAUGCUGUAAGAAAUGUUUGAAAUCUCACAACGAUUGUAAAGGUCUAACCGACAUUAAUGAACUCAUAAAAAACGUCAAAACUUCAAAUGCCUUUUAUGAAAUCGAACAAACCCUGCUGGAAAUUGUCGACAAUAUUAAACGACUGAGUACUAACCGAAAAGAAAAUUUAACAUCGUUAGAAGACAAGAAAAAUGAAAUUGAAGCAGAAAUAAAACAAACUAGGAUCAAGGUAAAUCGUCAUCGUGAUAAACUUCAGGAUGAUCUGAUGAAAGAAUUAAUUGCAGUGGAAGAAACAGAAAAAAGUAAAAUACAAAAGUUGUUGGUUUCCCUCAGCACGAAGGAAAAAGAGAUCACAGAAUACCAAGCAAAUAUUGCAAAUAUUAAACAACAUGCGUCCAAACUUCAAACAUAUUUGGUGAUGAAACAUAUCGAAAAAGACAUUCCAGCCGAAGAAAAAUUUAUUCAAUCGCUCGCCAAAAAUGACACCGCGAAUCAAAUAAAUAUUUCAUUUCAAAUAAACCAGUCUUUACAGCAAGUCACAACCAGCUUGCAGAACUUUGGAUAUAUCAAUGUCACUUCUGACCAAUGCGAUUUUUCCAUUCAGAAACGGAAGCACAAACAAGCCCAGAUUAUUGUACAUGUAGCUCUUCCAACCAGACAAAUCGAAAACCUGACUCUGACGUUACAGAAACGCAUCAUUACCAAGUUGACAGCCGUCCGUGGUUGUUCUAUGCUACCUGAUGGUAGGAUGGUGUUCACCUGUUAUUUUAAACACAAUGUUAUAGUACUCCAAUCGGACGGUUCAAUAGAUUUUGCAAUAAACAAAUUUGGUAACACGUUUGAUGUGGUAUUUAUUGGUGAUAAUUAUAUUGCUGUUACAUCUGGCGAUUCAGAUAAGAUUAAUAUAAUCGACCUAAAGAAAAGAAAAGUGAAGAAAACAAUUAAAGUUAAUUCAAACAAUGCUGGAGUAGUAUACAAAGAUGGAUAUUUGAUUUACUGUGCCGGGGAAAAAGGACUACAGAUGGUUAGUUUAAGUGAUGAAUCCAUUACCAAUGUUACCAAUAGCAAAAUAUCAAACUUAGCGUACGUUACAACAUCCGGUAAAAAACUGUUCUACACAGAAUGUGCCAAUAACAGUGUAACCUGUUGUGAUCACCAUGGUAACAUACUGUGGACGUUCUGUAAUACAAGUGUUCUGAUUAGUCCAUAUGGUAUCUCUGUAGACAAUGAUGGUAACGUGUUUGUAGUGGGAUUCGCUACUCAGAAUGUGGUCGUCAUAUCUCCUAAUGGACAACGCUAUAGACAAAUAUUAUCACGUGAAGAUGGACUUGAAUUACCACAGGUUUUGCACUAUGAUCAACCCACCAAUACAUUGUUAGUUGCAAAUCAAGCCAAAGAAGCGUGGUUGUAUGAAGUUAAAUAAUAAAGAGGGGCCUGAUAGGGGGGUCUCAUCACGAUUCACGAGUUGAUUUUUUUGUCAAUCACGAUUCACAGAAAAUAAAUUUCCAUCAUCACAGAUCACGAAAAUAUAAAAAAAACUAAAUCUGUAGAAAAACGGAUCACGAUAGCGAAAAUGCGCCGAUCACGAAGAACGAAAAUAACUCAUCAGGCCCCUCAAUAAACAGUGAUGUUUGAUAUUUCUUGUAUUCAGCUUUCAAAUAAAUUAUUCGUUGUGAUCUGAUUUUGUUCAAAGCUAUGUUAUAUGUUUAUCGGAACAAUUAUAUGCUUAUAUUUCUUUUUGAUGUAUAUGUUCACUCCCAUAUAUGGAAAUUUUUUUAAUGCGUUUAAGUAUAUAAAAAAAAGAUGUCUUUGAUCCCACACUUGGUUCGAUUAAUAAAUUUGCCAUGGCGUUGUCAGUUUAUUUUCGACUUAUGAGUUUGAAUGUCCCUUUGGUAUCUUUUGCCUCUCUUUUAUAAUAAAGUAGAUUGUAGGUUAAAAGACGUAAAAAUAUCAUAAAAAGAAAGCAUAUAAUAACCAUUGUGAAUGCAAAGAAACACCAAAGUUUUCAAUAUAGAAAUAUGACAUUUAUAAAUCUAAACGAAUAUUUUUACUUUUGUUUGAUACAUUGACAGAUGGCAUACUCGAAUCAGAUAACUAGGUGUGGGAAGUGGAAGAAAAGAAAGCAUAGAUUUUUCUGUUCAUAUUUAAAUAAAACUAUAAAAAUAGCA